GAAAAGCCUCAUAUGGGAGCAGAGGAGGAGCAGUCAGUCAGGGUGCUGACACUCCACUGGAGGAAGCUCACUGCUGCAGUCGAUGCUGGCUCCCUCUCCCCCGCGGAGGUAACGCUCUGCUCGGUGUAAGCGCAUAAACAAGCGGAGCGGAGCAAGAGAGAUGCCGCAGAAGACCAAGUAACGCUCCUGUGGACUUUUGUAGACUCAGGAGAGAAGAGGCCAAGCCUUUUUUGCUCUUCAGUGCUCCCAUUGUCCCUAGCCAGCUUUCAAUGUGGGAUCCAGUGUUUUCGCUCUCGCCAGGCUGAAAUCCUCCAGGGUCAGGACCUCGCUCAUGGCGGCCCUGCUCCUUGGGCUGCUGCUCUUCGCCAUGCAGUCCCCAACCGUCCCCUCCUCCGGGCCACUGACCGACACAGAGGGGCCGCCCGUCUCUCCUUCCCCGGUCGGCAACGGCACCGUGUGCCAUCCCAACGGGACGGUGCAGCAGCUGCCGCGGGUCCUCAUCAUCGGCGUAAGGAAAGGCGGGACGCGAGCGCUCAUCGAGAUGCUGAGCUUGCACCAGUCUGUAGCUGCGGCCCAGAACGAGGUGCAUUUCUUUGACUGGGAGAGCCACUUCCAGAAGGGCUUGCCUUGGUACCGCAGCCAGAUGCCCUUCGCCUACCCUAAUCAGAUCACCGUGGAAAAGACGCCGGCGUACUUUACAUCCGCCAAAGUCCCCAAGCGGAUCCAUCAGAUGAACCCGGACGCCAAGCUGCUGCUCAUCCUCAGAGACCCCACGGAGCGUGUGCUGUCGGACUACACGCAGGUCUUCUACAACCGCCUUCAGAAGCACAAACGCUACCAGCCCAUCGAGUCAGUGCUAAUGAAGGAUGGCGUGGUCAACCUGGGCUACAAGGCGCUCAAUCGCAGCCUGUACUACGUGCACAUGCAGAAUUGGCUGCGGUACUUUCCGUUGGAGAGCAUCCAUCUGGUGGAUGGCGACCAGCUCAUCCGAGACCCCCUUCCCGAGAUGAAAAAGGUAGAGCAUUUCUUAAGACUGGAGCCGCAGAUCAACGCCUCCAACUUCUACUUUAACAAGACCAAGGGAUUCUACUGCUUGCGAGAGCACGGGCGGGAGCGCUGCCUGCACGACUCAAAGGGCAGGGCGCACCCUCGCGUGGCUCCCGCCAUCUUGCAAAAACUCUACCAGUUCUUCCACCAGCCCAACAGGAAAUUCUUUGAGCUGGUGGGCCGAACAUUCAACUGGAAGUGAAAGCCUUCUCUUUCGGUCCUAACAGAGUAGAUGGACACAUUGCUAAAUCUAUUUUGACACAAGGUAGACUUUUCAUUUAAAAUUUCAGGACGAACCUAUAAUGGAAUGUUCCCUGUUUACUUCUCUAAUGGGUUUUUUUUAAUUUUGGUGAUUUUCUAAGUCGAACCAGUCAAAAAAUGAUUAUAGCAGAAAUUAAUGUGAGCAGACCACACUCCGCCUCCGGCAGCACGUGGGGAUGAAGAAACAUCUACUCAGUGACUAUGUUAAAGGGUUUUUUUUCAAUUUAAAAUUGAUUACCUUUAACAAGAUACAAUCUUGGCGGGCUAAUGCACCUUUUUUGCACUGUAAAUCUUGUGAAAAUGUAUCCUAGUCUCCAUGACUACCAUUCUUCCAUCCAGAAGACAUCGAACUUCCGCCAAAGCACAGAAAAAAGUAGUUCUUGAAAUAUGUAGUCUUGGCAAUCACUAUACGUUUCCACAACAAGCAUUUACAAUGCUGGUAUUUAAUCUUAAUUUGUAACCCUAACCCUAACCCAACUGAAAGGACUAUGUGCUACUGCAUUGGUUUCAUUCAGUCACUUCUGGAAAAUGACCACAAUUGUUUGUAUCCUGCGACAACAAUUUCAUAUUUUAAAUCUCUGUUUAAUGAAAUGUAAUCUAAUUUCAAUAUAAUUGUGUCCAGAUUUAAUUUAAUAACUGUGCACUUAUUUGCUGAUUAUGACGGUGUACCGUAAGAGUGUGUUCUGGUGUGAUUUUAGUAGGAUUUCAAGCAGGAGAGCAUGUGUUGUAUUUAGUAGAGAGCUGCCACACUUCAUUUUUUAUGUUGUAAAAUUAAUGAUAUAUUAAUUAUAAAAUUUGGGUAAAUUAAAUAAUUUUGGUGAAAAAAAACGGUUUCAUAGCAAAGUGUUUCUCAGCCUUUUCAGCAGCCUCUACGCCUAUGAAAUGAUACUAUUGUUUUAGAUUUCUGCGAUUCACACGCCUUACAAAAUAAUGAAGUUGGGAAAGGAACGAAUACUUGAUUUUAGAGGAAAUGGGAUUUUAAAAAAAAAAUCCAAAUUAUAUGUUAUUGUCUAUCCAAGGUGUUCGGCCCUGUAAACCUGCCAUGUCUGUGGAAUGUUCUGUGACUAUUUUUAUGAAGUGAGUGGCGCUGCUUACAUUCAUGUUGCUACAAAAACCAUGUAGUUUGAUCCUAAUCGAGUGCUUAACAUUUUGUGUGAUUUCCUACUAAUUUCUGGUGAUGUUGCCUGUGAAUACUUUUCUAAAAUGAAUAUUUAAUACCACAUUAAAGAGCUAUAUUAUUUUCA